AUGGCCCAGAUCUCUGUGUGGCUGGUGGCAGGGGUGAUGCUCUGCUCCAUCCCUGCUGGUUCUCUUGAGAACAUACAUUGGAUCCAAACACCAGAUAACUGGAGAGUCUUGGUUCUCUUGUCUGAACUGGAAAGGACCCCCCCUUACUUUUGCCUGGCUGACAGAAAUGACUUCAAAUUCCCUUUGAAUUUGGAGACCAUGAUGCAAAUGAACAAGACACAACGCACCUGUUUCCACCAUGUGAUGAUCGCGCAGAUCUUGAACGUCUUCGUAACAAAGCGCAGCUUUGCUGAGUGGGACCACACCCGCCUCUCUAAAGUCAUCUCCAGCCUUCAUCACAGCCUGGAGGACCUGGAGAACCAAGCGAAGAAGGAAAAAAAUAAUUUGGCUUGUCCCAAUGUGGGAAUUCUCACACGGAGGUACUUCUGGAGAAUCCGAACGUACCUGAAGGAGAAGAAAUACAGCUCCUGUGCCUGGGAGGUCGUUUUAGUGGAAGUGAUGGCACGUGUUAUAAACAUGUAA